UUAUUUUGCUGGUCUUGCGCCUCACAAAGAUGUCGAGACAGCGAUCUGAAUAGUUGAGUUUCAUUUCAAAUUAACAACAAAUACCAAGACGCAGGGAAACAUACACAGACACUAUAUUAUUGCCUUUCAAACAGUUGCCGUGUAAACAUCUCUCUAUGCUGAGAUAAUUUAUAGUAAAUUUUAUUAUUGCCACUUACAUACGGACAUUGCGUGCGUUUGUAUCACAAGUGAUAUUAUCCAUAGAAUACUAAGUCAUUUCAGUAAACGACAUAUCAAUAUGAGCACUUUGAGUAAAAAAAUACUUGAAUAUCGUGGAUUACGCAUACCAGAAUAUUACAAUCAGUUCUUCAAUCCGAAUAUUUGUCACGUUUGCAAAUCGGUGAACGUAGAUGAAAGCAGUCCCAUAUUAUGCGAUUGGUGCAGCUUGGUUUACUAUUGCAGCAUAGGGCAUAAAAUGCUACAUUAUUUAGAACACAACGAAAUUUGCGAAAUUAUAUGGCAAGUACUGGAAAUAAAACCGCAAAGAGACACACGCAGAUACAAAAACUGGCAAGAAUGGAUCGAAACUAGAAAACAAUUGAUGAAAGCAGUUCAACAAAAUCUUAACCGUCCAUUGAAGCCAUAUGAGAAGCAGAUGUUCUUGUGGUCAAAAUCGUGUUAUGUAUGCCAUCAACAGACUGAAUUGAAAACUUGCCAGAGAUGCUUUUCCGGCAAUUAUUGUGAUGAGCACGAGAAUGUUUUUUGCACGAAACAUGAUGGCUAUAACUGUGAUCAGAUGAUGCUUAUGCUCAAUAUAGACAUCGAAAUUAUCUCUGGUAAAACAAGUAACAUAUCAUAUGGAUUCCUCCAGUUAGUCGACGAGAAAAAAUGUUUCGAAGAAAUGCUAGAGUUUUAUAUAGAAAAUAUUUUAAAACGAAGAAGAGAUAUAGAUUGGCUUGCUAAAGAUUACAUACGAUCUGAUUACCUUUCAGGACCACUAACAGUCUAUCAUGGCUUGAAGAAACUAAAUAUUUUGAAUGUUAUAGAAAAUUCGCGAAUUGUUAUUCAUAUUAUAGGCAUAAACUCCGUGGAUAAGAAUGGGCUAUGUGCUUGGGAAGUACUUUUGCAUUUUUUACCUAAAGUAAAACAUUUAGUAAUUGAAAUAAUUGGUCCAAAAUUAGUCCCCGGUAAUUAUAAAUAUAACUUAUGUAGGAAAUGCAAAGAUGGAAAAGAGAUGUCCGUUUCUGUAAUAUCCAUGUUGUAUCACCAUUACGUAAAACUGUUCAAGUAUCAGAAAAGUGUAAGAAAUAUGUUGCCAAAUGCGGUUUUAGGGUCUCAUUUGAACAUGAAUAAUAUUGAUACAUGGCUGGAAACUAUACUAGAAUUUGAGGACUUAGCCGCUCCAUUAUUAUUAAGUUUUCCAAGUGCACAGAAAGCACAAAAUGUUAUAGAAAAAAUACAAGAUAUUCUUUGUACAAAAAUAGACCCUAAUUAUAAUAAUAGAAAUCAUUUCCCUGGCCUUAUGCCGCAUAAAUGUAUUGAAAGCGGUAAUAUAUAUUUUUGUAACGAAUAUUUAGUUAUCUACGAUAAUUUGACAUGGAUUAGUAGAAAAAUCUUACCCAAGAUCUUAGAUAAGGUUGAACCAACAGCAAAUAUACUAAUUUAAACGUCAUGAAUAAAAAAGACAUUAGUAAACAAGAUAGAUAUUAAAUUAUAAUUUUGUA